UAAUAAUCCUUUAGGUGAGUGUACAGUACAAUAUACAAUAUACAGUAUAAAUAAUCAUUUACAACAAUAAAUGUAUGAUUCACAGUAAUCAAUAUCUAAAACAUUUGUGUGUACCUUUCGGUAAUGUCUUCGAUUUAAAAAACUAUUUUGUCGUAAGUUCAGCUUGGUUACGAUCACUAGUCAAUACUAGCUAAGCUUUUGAACUAGUAGUGGUUUGUUAGACGUUUGUAUCUCCUUUUUCCUCUGUCAUUUUGUUAUUUGUAUUUGGUGUAAAAUGUUUAUGUAUUAAAAAUUUUCAAAUAUAAAGGAAACACAAUAAAGAACAAAGCAAAAGAGGAGAUCAGAGUAUCACAUUUAGGGACUCCAUUUCCUUCUCCCUUUGGCCUUUAAUUAAUGUAAACAGGUUAUGUAAGGGAAAUACCUACAAAAAGAGCUCUUUGACCCUCCUCAGUCACCAACUUCAGUUGAACCCAUCCAACAUCAGAAAGGAGAUGAAAAGAACAGGGCACAUCAAGGAACAAGAGGGGGAAAGAGGAACAAGAAGACAGCAUUGGUUGUUGGCCUGAAUGGUUGGAUGGGUGUGGGGGGGUUCGAGAAAGAGAGAACUGCAACGGAGAACAGCAUGUCAUUGUACUUGAACACCAGGCACUGGGAGAUACACACACACGCAUCGCACCCUUGACAUGAACACACACACACACAUACACAGAGACACAGGCUUGCUCACACACACUAACUCAUACACACACACGUCUGCCCACUGCCACACAAGCUUACACUAGCUGGCAUCUUGGACGGCAGCCCUCUCUCCAGUCUUGACCUGUCAUUGGUAUUGGAGCUAGCUGGGUGUAGAAGCUCUUUGCACCUCUGUGGAAACCAACCUCAGCUCUCAAGUCCUCCUACCUGUGGACUGAGCCAAACAACCAGGGCCUCUGUCUCCAUCUCAACCAAAACUGCUACCAACAUCCAGGUCUAAUCUACACAACCAAAUGACAGAAAGCCCCAAGGCAAAACACAUUACUAAUCCAAGGACGGCUUGGAAAAGUAGAACAGAGGAGCUCCGUCACACUACCUGAGGACACCAGCUCUUGUUUGCCCCCCGGUUGAAGUGCCCCAUCACAGGAAGAUAGAGGGGUGAGAAGUACAAGAAGAGGAAGACAUCAGUUUGUAAAGAUUUCCAAACUCUCCUCAUUUUGGGACUAUUUCAGUGAGACAAAGCGGAAGGACUUCAACGUCCCAGUGACAACCAAUGUAAUACAGAUCUUGACGAAAAUCCCGCCAAACACUGGUAGUUUACGCCGUCAGCCGUCGCCGCAACCCUUACUGCUUCCACCACCGCAACAACAACAACAACAACAACAACAACCAGACAGCCUUACCAUGGCGACCACUGGCAUGCAGCUCCUGGGCCUGGUCAUGUCCCUGGUGGGCUGGGUGGGAGGGUUCCUGGUGUGCACCAUUCCACUGUGGCGCGUCACAGCCUUCAUCGGCAACAACAUUGUGACGGCUCAGAUCAUCUGGGAGGGUCUAUGGAUGACCUGCAUCGUCCAAUCCACCGGCCAGAUCCAGUGUAAGGUGUACGACAGUCUCCUGGCCCUGCCCAGCGACAUGCAGGCCGCCCGGGGGCUCACGGUGCUCUCGGUCCUCCUCUGUGGCCUGGCUUUGGCUCUAGGCGUGGUGGGAGUCAAGUGCACCAAGUGCAUUGGCCAGAAUAGCCUGAAGGCUCGCAUUGCAAGGAUCUCCGGCUUCCUGUUUGCCGUUGCUGGCUUCCUGUAUCUGGUUCCCAUUUGCUGGACGGCCCACUCUAUUAUCAGGGACUUCUAUGAUCCCCACGUGGCCGCGCCGCACAAAAGAGAGUUAGGCCCCGCCCUUUACCUGGGCUGGGGCGCGUCAGCCUUGCUCCUGAUUGGUGGAUCGCUGCUGUACGCAGGGUCGAGCCCUCCCGGCAUUCCCGGGUCACCGACCUUCAGCAGUGACAGCAGCCCCCGUAGAGCUCCUACUACUCAGGUCAAAGGUUACGUCUGAGCAGAAUGAAAUGCCACAAAACUAAAACGGCCAUAUGAUUACAUUUUUACAAGAUUCCAAGAAUCUUUGAUUUCAUUAUGCAAUGAUUGUUCACCUGAAAUAAAAAUGAAAAAACAUUUCUUUUCUCCUCUCAGUACUUCACCUUUUUAAUACUUUGGAAUUGUAAUGUUGUUAUUCGGUGGUGCUUUUCUCAUUCAUUCAAGCCUUAAAAGGAGGUUAAGAAAGGAUAUAUGAACUCAUUUUGUUAUUUUAUGUGCCUGUUGUCCCAUAACCCUGUUAUCUGUCUGUCUGUCUGUCUAUGUAAAACACAAUAAAAACUUCAAUCUUUCAAUUCCUCA